UUUGGCUAGAGCGGUUGCGUCGUACGUCGUUCAGAUUUGUCGGCAAUUAAACUUCCAAAAUUAUUUAAAGUUUAACGGUAUAACAUGUCACAUAGUCCGGCACCAGUUAAAAAGGUGCCCAUACACCUGCAAAGCGCCCAGAAUCGCGUUUAUAUCAAAAAUGGACAAAUUGUCAAUCACGACAAGUCCUUUAAAGCGGAUGUUUACAUAGAAGAUGGCAUUAUCAAAUUCGUAGGACCCGCUGCGGAUAUAACGGUACCAGGUGGCGUGCGCACAAUUGAUGCCAGCGGCAAGCUAAUUAUGCCAGGUGGCAUAGAUCCGCAUACGCACAUGCAGCUACCAUUUGGCAAUGCGGUGGCUGUAGAUGACUUUUACCAUGGAACUAAAGCGGCUGUUGCUGGUGGAACAACUAUGAUAAUUGACUUUGUGUUGCCUAACAAAAACGAAUCGAUGAUUGAGGCCUAUGACAAAUGGCGCAGCUGGGCUGAUCCCAAGGUCUGCUGUGAUUACGCACUCCAUGUGGGCAUUACUUGGUGGUCGAGGUCGGUGUCCGAGGAAAUGGGCAUACUUUGCAAAGAGUUGGGCAUUAAUUCUUUCAAGACCUUUAUGGCCUACAAGGGACUCUAUCAGUUGAACGACUCUGAUCUCUUGGAUGUCUUUGAGCGCAUUCGAGGCUUGAAUGGCGUAGCUAUGGUUCAUGCUGAGAAUGGUGAUAUUAUAGCCAAGAAUGCCAAACGCCUACUAGCUGAGGGCAUCACUGGGCCCGAGGGUCACGAGCUGUCACGCCAGGAAGAAGUUGAGGCUGAGGCCGUGCAUCGUGCUUGCAUAUUGGCUCAUCAGGUCGACUGUCCCCUUUAUGUGGUGCACGUUAUGAGCAAAUCAGCGGGCAUUGAGGUAGCACGCGCUCGUCAGCGUUAUAGUGAGAAAUACAUCUACGGGGAGACCUUGGCGGCGGCUCUCGGUACAGAUGGCACCCACUAUCGCUGUCAGCACUUUGCUCAUGCUGCAGCUCAUGUGCUGAGCCCGCCCCUGAGACCCGACAAAACAACGCCCGAGUUUCUGAUGAAGCUGCUAGCCAGCGAUGCUCUACAGACGACGGGCAGCGAUAAUUGCACUUUCAACAAGAAGCAAAAGGAACUUGGCCUAGGCGACUUUACCAAGAUACCCAAUGGCGUCAAUGGCGUGGAGGAUCGUAUGUCCCUAGUAUGGGAGCGCGGAGUACAUUCCGGUCUUAUGGAUCCCUGCAAAUUCGUAGCCAUAACCAGCACGAAUGCUGCCAAAAUAUUCAAUAUUUAUCCACAAAAGGGACGAAUUGCCAAUGGCUCAGAUGCUGACAUUGUUAUUUGGGACCCACAAGCAACACGCACCAUAUCUAAGGACACGCAUCAUCAUGCAUGCGAUUUCAAUAUUUUUGAGGGCAUGACGGUGCAUGGAGUGCCUGAGUAUGUGUUGGUGCGCGGACGCAUUUGCGCCGAGAAUGGCCAGCUUCGUGUUGCCGAGGGCUUUGGACGUUUCAUACCCACGCCGCUGCGACCGCCUUUUGUUUAUGAUAGUAUUGAGGGCAAGGAGAUGGUGCCAAAGGACGACCAGGUGCCACUGAAUGGCAGCAUGACUAAAAAACUAGCCCAGCUGGACGUUCACGUUGCUGAAAUAGAACCUCCCGCUGCAAUGUUCUCUGGUAAUGCUACUCCCAGCUCACCUUCCAGUGGGGUCGGACGCGUCGACGGCAAGCGGGAUAUGCAGGAAACAUCCUUUUCAUUAAGCGAGGAGCUGGACAAAUCGGGCGUGCGCUCGUCCAUUAAGGUGCAUAAUCCACCUGGCGGAAAAUCAUCUGGUUUUUGGUAACUGCAACUAAAGUCGUCCUAGUUUUUGUCUCUG